UUUUUUGCACUAAGGAGCACGUUUCAAAGUGAGUAGUGUCGUAUUUCUAGCAAGCAGCGCCCUUCGCACAAGUCAAAGUUGUUCUUGUAUACAGAAAUAGCACGCCUUUUUUCGUCGGUCGAGAAGCUCUGCGGUAAUUGAAAUCAUGAGAUUUUUUAUUUUUGACGCCUCGAAGAUUUUACUACUUCGUUCUACUUGUACUAGCCUUGCCUGUCGUUUCUGCUGCCAGCGGCCAGCUGUUUCAGUAGGUUUUUGUGCUAGUAAAAAGGCACCACUGCCAUUUUUCGACCAUCAUGUCGUGCAAAAAUUUCCAAAGUGAGCAACUAUGGUCAGCUAGAAGAACGCAGUUGACUCCGACUAUUUCCCCCACUCGAGUCACGGUACCCCAGCAAUACAAUAUGCCGCUUUACUCUACCAGGAGGUUCGGUUGUCGAAAUAAAGCGACGAGUCGGUCGCUGGUAGUUUGAUAGACACGGCCAAUUUAUUCACAUCUGCUUAAAGAGGUAUUGCGAGUGCCAUGUUGUCAGUCGCAGAUAUUUUGUCCUUUCCCCCGCUGCCCGACAUGUUACUUCUCCCCCUUGAAGAGUGGUGGGAAAGGUUGUUGCAGGAAACUUCCACCUUCGAUAGUGUAAGUCUAAAGAGCAGUAUCACGGUCACAGCGAAUAGUUACUACAGCGCCAGCAUAAAUAAAACUUCCACUCCUGCUACAACUACCCUUCAGCACUACUUCCUGGUUCUGUUUCUCCCGCUGGUGACGUUUACGCUAACGUAUCUCUUCUGGUCCUUUUUGUUUUUUGCCCUCGAAUUCUGCAUUUUCCCGUUGUUCCGCUCUGAGAAGCAAAUUCAAGCUUGGAAAUGCCAGCCGGACGCCAAGCCGGUCUCGUUGCGAAAGCAUUUGGAGAUCUUCCGCUACGUUUUUUUCCAGCUGCUCACCGUGUACCCUCUUGCUGGCUUCGCCCUGCUCCGGUUAUUCGUCGACAAUGGAGGUGCGGCUCCAGCGGGGCCGCGAACGACAGGUACUGCAGGAGCAACAGAGUCAACAAGAAACAGGAUGCAAGACAUGGUGGAUUUCGACAAAACCUUUCCAAAGACAAUUUUCGAAUUUGCGACGCAAAUCGCCAUCUGCGCCGCCUUUGCCGAGUUCUACUUCUACCACUGCCACUAUCUGCUGCAUCGAGUCCCGUUUCUGUACAAGAAAGUCCACAAGAAGCACCAUGAGAUCUUCAACCCGGUGGCCUUUUUAUCCGUGGAAACAUGCUGCAAAACUGGCCGUCUUUUCUCAUUCCACCCUGGAUUUCUUGUCAUGCAAACGUGCAAGAGGAAACCAUCCCAAACCACCUCAUCAGCUACAGAUAUUUAUAGGAGAGCCACAUUCAGGCCGUGAAGAAGAUGUUCGGAGUUGAUGGCCGUCGUAUUCUGGUCCUAGUACCAUGAAAAAUUACUUGUGUAGACAAUCUGUUUCGAAUUCGGGCCGAUUUUCCGAAAAGGGGGCCCCUAGAAAUGUUUUGCACGCGUAUACGCCUCUGCACUGUACUUUCAUCCACUGGAGUCGGUCCUCCUAAUUCCGGUUCUCGCCGGCCCCGUGGCCUUCAUGGACAUGCACUGCCUGGUAUUGAUGCUUUGGCUCUUUCUCGGGACCAGCUCCGUGACUUUACACCUACCAAUUGCAAAAGUUUAUCGUACUUGUACUAUACUCAAGAUUUUUGCAGGUCGUUCACGAUCUCAUGUCGUACAGAUAAAAUCUUGCAAAAAGCGACUCGUACAGCCGGUUUGAUAUAUGAUAUCUAUGCUAUGUCGAGCAGCUAAGCAUUGCAAAUAAAGUUAUCUACGUAACUCGUUGCAUUGAUCGCAAUAUAGCAUUGCAAAUUUCAUUUUGGCACCUGCUCCACCAUGACUAUGACAACCUUUUACGUUUGGAAAAACAAAAGAUAAAGAAUCUGUGAAAUGUCAUGCAAUGUUCACAAAUGCGAUAUGCUCAUACUUUUGCAUUGCAUAGCGGCACUCAGGAUACAAUCUGGAAUCCCGGACCAAGGCGCACGAUGAGCAUCACCGGCUGGUGAGGGUGGACUUUGGCACGCUGGGUUUCUCUAUGCAUAGUACAAAUAUGUCUGGGUCGUGGUCUGGGUUUUUAAUUUAUUGGUGCGAGAUUUGCAUAUGUGGAAGAAGCGGCGUUGCGAGUAUGUUCUUCGUUUUUUCUCAUCGACAUUGAAGGACGGAGAACAGGGUCGCUUUACAUAGAUAGGGUAUGAACUACUGCAAUGAGCCGUGUUGAGAAACACACCCACGAGAUGAAUUUGCAAACCAAAUCUGCUGCAUCUUGUUUCCAUCCCCAGACAUAUUUGCUAUGAAUACUUUUUGAUUGGCUGUACGGGACAAGCUAUCAGACAUAUGUGGACCGAUUGCAGAAUCUGAAGAGUCCUAUUAUCCUGCGUAAAAAAUAAAGCGUAUUCAUUGGUCAACAUGCAAGUCUGCAUGCCCAGCGAAUGGUUCAUGCGGGUUCUCUUGCGGUGGCGUCUACCUUCUGUCAAGCGUUUUUUGAUGAAAUCCGCUAUACUCUAAAUCAGCUCGUUUCCGCGAAGUCUGAUUUCAUGCGUUGCGGCUUUGAUAACUGCGCGCGACUACACUGCGUCUAUAGGUUCGUCGUGUAGAGUGCGCUAAGUUUUUGAAUUGCUAUACGCAGAACUCGCAUGUUGAGCUUUGGGAGGGCGCACGUUUUUCAACCGGACAGAGGAGCAGGCGGAAAAAAGCGAAAAUACGUAGAGGCCAAAGCAGAGAGCUACGACCGGAAAAAAGUAGAAAAAAGCGAAGGGACGCCACGUGUCGUGGUGAACAGACAGCGAAACACUGCACCGUAGGUGGGCCGACUACAGGAGGCCGAAGCAAACAGCAGACCAGCUAUCAAUUUAAGUUGGUGGUCUACUCUUUGCGCCUUCUGCCUCGUGCUUGUUGAAUAUCACCUGUGAAGACGUGAAGAUGAUAAGUGCCACUGUCUUUUUCAAGAACAGCUCCUGUUGCACACAAGCAAU